AUGGCACUUCAAACCCCGUCCAGGCCCGAACCUAGGGAGCCUAUAACCCAAACUGGAUUGUCUCCUAGACUCUCAGACCAAGACCCCGAUAGUCUCCUUGAUGCUCGAAACCCUAUCCCUGACAAAUACUUGGAUAAAAGACACUAUCUUGUUUCAUGGAGGAACAAACUAAAGUGA